CAGUGAAGUUGUCUGCAAGAAUUGCUACAGAGGUGCUGACUCCAGCUCCAAGAAAGAAGAAGGAAGCAAAACUAUGUACCUGAACCUUUGAAGCUGUCAAGUGGAAGUGCUACGGAAGUACCAACUCCAGUUCCACGAAAGAAAAAGAUUACACAAUCAAAGAGUGAAGGAGCAAUCAAGCCUGUACCCCAGCCUGGGCAAUCAGUAGGAAUCCCACAGGUCAAGCUGAGAAUAUCAGAAAGAGCCCACAGUCUGGAAGAGAUGGAACGGGCUGAUGAGAUGUCUGAAAAUAUUGUCAAGAGUACGGAGUCUCUGACUAGCUCUCAAGAUGAUGAAAGGCCAAUGUCUCCAUUUUACAUGAGUGCCCAGAUCUCAUCUGUCAGUCAUAAACCAGCAUCUGAUGAUCUCCUGGAGAAGACAAUCAGAUCAGCAGUGGAGCAGCACCUCUUUGAUGUGCAUGGCUGCGGGGGUCAAAGUUCAGAAGAAUCUGAAUCGGGGACGUCAUCCUCCACUUCAUCAGUGAUUGCCAGGCAGAGAAGACGACAUCUGAGAGAUCAGGAUGAGACACAGAGGCACAAAGACAUGGACGAUAUCAAUAAAGAGAACAUUCCCUCUGUAUUCAGCACCACCGAAGACAGUAUACCAGUCUCACGGGACGGAGAGAAGAAGCAGAGAGACUGCAGCACCUCUUACAUUGAGGAGAGCAUGAAGCUGAAGAGGCAAGUGUCCAUCACCAAGCUUUCUGAGCUCAAAGAAAACAAGGAAGGCUUGAUUGUAAUGGAAUGUUUUGGCACAUCAAGACUACAGGACAGAACAAGGUCUGAGAACAUGGAUUCGCUACUGGAGGAAAGAAAUGAAAACCAGAAUGAGGAGGACUCUGUACUGCUACCACUGAACUCAGCUAUGAAGAUUCAGGAGGUGCAGAGUGGCUGUGAGACAGCUAAAACGCAAAGAAACCAAGAAGCGGGUGUUUGUGAAGAAAGCUCUGUCCCGGAGGUUCCUAGACUGGAUUUGUCAGCCUUGACGGAGGACAACAACUGGGGAGAUUCAUCUUUUUUCACUCUCGCCUUCAUUGAUUUCAAAUGUAUUGGGCAGCAGAGUUAUUAUGAGGAGCCAGUGCCAGCCUGCCCGUCGUGGCAGAGGGAACAUAUGCACAUGGAGGAAGCCUGCCUCUCCCCACAAGCCGGGGGGCGCCUGAUCCGCCAGCUCGUGGACGAGGACAGCGACCCCAUGCUAUCGCCGCGCUUUUAUGCCUUUGGGCAGAGCCAGCAAUACCUGGAUGACCCAGAAGUGCCCCCCUCUCCCCCCAAUGCUCACUCCUUCAUGAGCAGGCGGCGGAGCGCUUCGCUGGGCUCGUGCGAAGAUGACAGAGAAGAACUCACAAGUGCACAACUCUCCAAGAAGAUCCAGAGUUUAAAGAAGAAGAUCAGGAAAUUUGAAGAAAAGUUUGAAGAGGAGAGGAAAUACAGGCCUUCUCACAGCGACAAGGCAGCUAACCCCGAGCUGUUAAAGUGGAUGAAUGAACUUGCCAAGUUACGAAAACAGCUGAAAGAGAUGAAGGUUAAAAUCUCUGAAGAAGGCCUGCCUCCUCAGGCUCGCCAGCGCAGCAACACCCUCCCAAAGAGCUUUGGCUCCCAGCUAGAGAAGCAGGAAGCUACUGAGAAAGCACCAAAACCCACUUUGGAGGACACACUGGAGGCUGUUCAGGAGAAGCUGCAAGAGAAGCGAGCCGAGGUCAACCGCCCCGAAGAUAUCAAGGAUAUGACCCGGGAGCAGAUCUCCGCAGAAAAGGUUGCUCUGCAGAAGGCGCUGCUAUACUAUGAGAGCAUACACGGGAGGCCAGUUACAAAGAGCGAGAGACAGGUCAUGAAGCCUCUUUAUGAUAGAUACCGUCUUGUCAAGCAGAUCCUUUGCAGGGCAUCCACAAUUCCUGUGAUUGGUUCCCCCUCAAGCAAGCGUCGAAGCCCUUUGCUGCAGCCAAUUAUCGAGGGCGUAACAGCAUCGUUCUUCGAGGACAUAAAGGAGGAGGAGGAAGACGGCUCAGAAGAUGAAAGCAACGCAAAGGCAGACUUCAGCGUCACCUUGAAGCCGGGUUUCAGGGUGCGUAACUUCCUGGACCAGCUGGACGAGGAGGGGGAUGGCUUUAUCUCACCAGUGGAUGAUAAAACACAAUCCAAGAACACUAAUGACAUGAGGCUGUCCAACCUACACUCUGCCACCAUGCCUGAACUUGUUGAACAGCUUCAGGAUGCAAGGGAAGACAAAAAGAGACUCCGCAAGAAACUGAGAGAAUUUGAAGAUGCAUUUUUCAGGCAAAAUGCAAGAAAUGUGCAGAAAGAAGAGCGCACACCAAUGGCUGACGAGUACAGCGAAUACAAGCAUGUUAAAGCCAAAUUGAGGCUCCUGGAAGUUCUCAUCAGCAAGAUGGAUUCUUCAAAGACCAUGUAAAUAAUUGGAAGGACUGUGUUCAGUGGAAUUCCACUAUUAACAAAAUAACAACAAGAGGAUGAUCACAAAAACAAAGAAUAACAGUAACACAAAUACUGAAACUUUCUAUCAACUCGAUAGCAUUUUAUUCCUGGUGAACAACAGUGUUUAUUCUUUUAAAGUGCCAUACAAAGAGUCACCAGCAACUUCUGAAGGACUUUUCUAGGAUGAUUGAUACGUUUUGCUAACCUCUAUCGUCAGAGGCACCGAACACCAUAUAUAUACAUAUACAUAUACAUAUACAUUCACACACACACAAGGAUUCCAGGGUAGAUCCAUUUUCAUACUGGUUUCCAGCAGCUGCAGUAUUGAAAGCUCUUACUGUUAAGCUGCAAAUAAAGCUGGUUGGUGUGAAAUCCUGAGAUUCUGGCCCAUUUCCAAUGAUAAGCUACAAAUCUGAAGGACAUAGGAGCAGAACAAUAACUUGGAAUCAUGCAUGACCUGAAAAUAAUUUCUCAUAGUUAUUUAAGUAGGUAACGCUAUCUGGGUGUGUAAGCCUUAUAUAAGCUUUAGAGAAAAAAUAAGUUGUGUAGUUUUGAGAGGCCUAGUUUUAAAAAGGAGUGAUUUUUAAAGCGAUUGCAAAUUGAAGCUGUAUCAGUUUUAAUUCUGCUUUGUGAUUAAAGCAGAUAAGGGGUGAUCAGACUACUUUCUUUUCAUGUAAAAAGAUUUACUGUGAUGGGAGUGCCAUCAAAUGAAUUGCGGGUAAAUUAAUAUUCAUCUCUACGUCACACUACACCUGCUAUCCAAGAUACUGCUUACAAGAGGCAUUGUAGCACUGUGUUCCUAAUCGCUGUUUGCGAUCAGUUUAAUGUGGGUCGUUAAUUCUAUCUUUAUUGUUGUCAUGUGGUUGAGUUACAAGUACAAAAACAAUGUUACCUUAAAGGGAACUCGAAAGAGUAUUAUUCAUUGCAAAGGAAAACAGUAUGUAGAACAGUUGUAAAUAGCUUUGAGGAGUCUCAUAAUGUACUAAACCCUGGCAGCAUGAGUUCAUAUUUGUUGUCCUGCAACAGCAAUGAAACGCCACUACAUCCAUGUCUUAUGGUGAAGUUGGGAUCUGCUGUUUUUCAGCCAGUCUUUAUUUUACUUCAAGUAAUAAUUUUGGUGGCUAUGAAGUUCAGCAAAUUAUUUUUUAAAACCAAUGUGCUCGUGCAGUUCACAGACAUGGUUAUGGUUCUUAAAUUCACUAUAUUAUUAAUGUGUGAUUGGUGCCAUAACAUUUGAAAUGUGUUUUAUUAAAUGCAAAAGGAUAACUAGUAACUAAUGCAGUACUGAGUUAUAUCACCAGCUACUUAAAAAUGUUGAAUGCAGGUCUUCAAGUCAUUGUGUUUGACAAGAAAUACAGUCCCACCCCACCAACAAAAAAAGAGGCUGGAUGUAUCAAAGGAUUGCCACAUUUUAAUACACAUCUCUGUUGAUGAAUCUUAAUAUAAAGGUUAUACUUUGGGCUUUGGAGAGAGAGAAAAAUUUAUUUAAUCAAAACCAAAUUUUAACAAGGCAAUUAAUCAACGAAAAGUCUUAAAUCAUUAUCGAGAAAAAAAAGAAGCUAUUAUUGGUUUAAACAAAAAAAGGUGUGGUGAUGGAGUAUGUUUAAAUUAAAUAAUAUAUAUUUUUUGGCUAAUAUACAUGCUUGUAACAUUGCAGUUUGCAUCAUUUUUAAACGGAUGUAUUCAAAUGAUCCAAAGAGAAAAUGAGUUAAUGACCACAAUAGACCAAAACAGUGUGGAGUACAUUGUAGCUUUAAUUUUUUUCGUAUCAUACAUUUUUGGGUGUUCUCUAAUGAAAUGUUAUAGUAAUUUACUUUGCUACUGGUUAAGUCAUAAAAUAAAUCAUGUAUUUUUGGAAAUCUAAGCAAAGCACAAAACAGGAAUAGCGCAUGGAUUCACAUGGAUGCUUGAUUCCAGUCACCGUUUUGUUAUGAUUGCAUUUAGAGGUAGACAUGUUCAAAUAAGAUUUGUUUUCUGUUGUUUCUGCUACUGAAUUUUUCAAAUGCUGCUUUAUGAAUGAUUGUCCAUUAUGGGCACCUUGAAUUGAAACAACAGCCUCACCAGAGCUAAUUAGUUCACUCCCAUUGGUUAAUAGCAAUCUUUGUUAUCUAGAUAAUUCUUACUUGCUUCUUCUUACAAAAUACCCAACAUGUGCAUAUGAACUGUGUAAUACAGUGAUCAGUUGUUAGAUUUCAUUGUAUUCCUUGUGCUUGUUUGUCAGUCUAGACAUUUGCAUGCUGUUGUGAGCCACAUUUUUUCUGUACUUAAACUGAAAGACUAAAAGCCAAUUUAAUAACUGGAUAAAUCCUUAUAUUAACACCAUUCAAGGCCUAUAGUAAGCAUUAACCAAGUACACUGUUUUUUUUUUUUUUUUUGUAAGUGGUCUGAAAAGUGAAUUUGUUCUUUUGUGAAUAUGGACCCAGAUCUAUGUUUACAUUACAAAGUAAGCAAGACGAUUUAUUGAACUGAAUUAUUAGUGUAUGCUACUUCAUCUCUGAAUGUAAACACUGAAUGGAAAAUAUGGGUGUGUACAUUUUAGUACAUCAUUGUAUUUUGUAUAUAAUAUAUACAUAUAUAAAAAAAACUAAAAUUUUGAA